AAAAGGAGAAGGCAGAGCUGGGGGAGGUUCUAGUGUACAUCUCUGUGUGCGUAGCUACCGACAUUGGCUGCGUGGGCGGGGCUCGUGAGCUGGGGUUCCUCCCCCCCUUCUCCUGCUCUUUUUUCGGGCCCCCAUUCCUGACACAGUGACGUCGAUGUGGCGGCCGCGCACGCGCACAAGAGCGCGUUCCCCCCCCCCAGCUCAGGCUACGGCGGUGGUGCCUCCUUCUCAGCCGGACCCGGUGGGUGUGGGUGGGACACAAAAGAGCGGGAGCGAGCGCUAGGGAGGAAGAAAACCGCUGUGGCGACGACAGCGUUUGGGACCUGUGAAUGCUUCAGUCUCGAAUGCUUCUUGUGGACUUAAGCCCAGAGUCUCUUGGAAUGACACUUUCUACAGCCUCCAUGAGAGAUUCAGAGUGGAUCUUUGUGUCCCACAGGCAAGAGCUCUAGCUCUGUAGCCCACCAGGUUUCCCUCCAAUGCUGGGCAAGAGAAGGAGUUCACUUCAGCCUUGCAAAGAGACGUUUCAUGCCUGCGACAGCCCAGAGGGGCUUCAUCCUCCCAACUUCUUGGGAGCUCCUGCUACCAAACACGUCUCCCUUUGCCCUUUGUGCAGUUUGUCCUGUUACUCCUUGUGCAACCAUCACACACUUGCGCCUUUGUGCUUUCUGUUUGCACCGUGGCCUGUUUCCAGGCUGGAUCAUGGGGGUUCCUCACCACCCCAUACCCAUUGGGGGAAGGAUGGGAACUUUGAAAUGGCGCCCAUGAUAGGCCAGGGACCUGCUGCACACAUACGGUUGUCACUGGUUGACACAAGAACUGGCUGAUCGCCCCGGGCAGCCUAUUUUUUUCCACCUGUCUCAGGAUCUUGCGGGACACUUGCCUUUCCUGCCCCUCACCAUGUUUCUACUGCUGCCCUUUGACAGCUUGGUGGUUAACCUGCUGGGCAUUUCCCUGACUGUCCUCUUCACCCUGCUGUUGGUUUUCAUCAUUGUGCCAGCCAUCUUUGGGGUUUCCUUUGGCAUCCGCCGGCUUUAUAUGAAAACCCUGCUGCAGAUAUUCCAGUGGGCGACGCUGAGGAUUCAGCGUGGGGCCAAAGAGAAGAAGCAUCCACUCUAUAAGCCCUAUGUCAAUGGUAUCAUUGCAAAGGAGCCCACUUCCUUGGAGGAGGAGAUCAAGGAGAUCCGGCGUAGCGGCAGCAACAAGGCCUUGGAUGCCCCUGAGUUCGAGCUCUCUGACAUCUUCUACUUCUGCCGCAAGGGCGUCGAGACCAUCAUGGACGAUGAGGUGACCAACCGCUUCUCGGCAGAAGAGCUGGAGUCUUGGAACCUGCUGAGCAGGACCAACUACAAUUUCCACUACAUCAGCCUGCGCCUCACAGUCCUCUGGGGCCUGGGCGUCGUGAUCCGCUACUGUUUCCUGCUGCCACUCAGGAUAGCCCUGGCUUUCACUGGCAUUAGCCUCUUGGUGACAGGCACAACAGUGGUGGGUUACUUACCCAACGGAAGGUGCAAAGAGUUCCUGAGCAGACAUGUACACCUGAUGUGCUACCGGAUCUGUGUGCGAGCUCUCACAGCUAUCAUCACCUACCACCACCGGGAAAACAGACCCCGCAAUGGAGGAAUCUGUGUGGCUAAUCACACGUCCCCUAUCGAUGUCAUAAUUCUGGCCAGCGAUGGCUACUAUGCCAUGGUGGGCCAGGUCCACGGAGGGCUCCUGGGGGUGAUCCAGAGGGCCAUGGUGAAGGCUUGUCCCCAUGUCUGGUUUGAACGUUCCGAAGUGAAGGAUCGCCACCUGGUGGCUAGAAGGCUGUCAGAGCACGCUCAUGAUAAAAAUAAAUUGCCCAUCCUUAUUUUUCCUGAAGGCACUUGCAUCAACAACACUUCUGUGAUGAUGUUCAAGAAAGGGAGCUUUGAGAUUGGUGCCACCGUUUAUCCUGUUGCCAUCAAGUAUGACCCCCAGUUUGGAGAUGCCUUUUUUAACAGCAGCAAAUAUGGCAUGGUGACCUACCUGCUCAGGAUGAUGACCAGCUGGGCAAUAGUCUGCAGUGUCUGGUACCUGCCCCCAAUGACCAGAGAGCCUGAUGAAGAUGCUGUGCAGUUUGCCAAUCGGGUGAAGUCUGCCAUUGCUAGGCAAGGGGGUCUUGUGGAUCUCCUGUGGGACGGAGGCCUAAAGAGGGAAAAGGUGAAGGACACCUUCAAGGAAGAGCAGCAGAAGCUCUACAGCAAGAUGAUUGUGGGCAACCACGAAGAUCGAAGCCGCUCCUGAGCUUCCGGGGGCUGCUGCUGAACUGACUGCCUCUGCUGUCCUUCCAGACUUCCUAUGUAGGACCAGCUUCUCUUCAGACUUGGGCUCAAGAGAAAGAGGCCUUGUCUUAACCGGUGUGGCUCAGCCUCUUGCCCAGCCAGCAGAUGCUGAGGACUCUUGCCACAGUGGGAGUGGCUGGGUGGGCUGCCCACUGUUGCGUGUCGGUGUGAUCGUGCUGGCAAAGGCCUGUGUGUGCAUGCGCCUGCACCAGAUGCUCCCUUGUGGUUGUGUGCACGGGCCCAGCCUCCACUGCCAGUGUCGACUGCCUCCUUCAGCUUCCCCUGUUGCAGUCUUGGGGGAAAGCCACAGACCUCUUUUGUAUCCUGUUUUCUCUCUCUCUCUCUCUCUCUCUCUGCUCCCUCCCCCCCAAAAAAGAGAGAACUGACUGCAGCUGCAUGGGUUCACUUUGCAUUUUAUAAUUAAAUGAUAUAGACAGAG